AGAACCAGGUUUCUCCCGUUGCUCAUGAAAACACAUGUUUGUUAGCUUAGCCUUGGCUACAAUCGCGAAAAGUGGCCUGAAACAGCUCGCUGAAAAUGGUCUACAUCAGUAGGAUUUGCUUUCGGAAGUAUGGAAACUUUGUGGACAAUCUCCGCUUGUUCGUACGUGGAGGGAGCGGUGGCAUGGGCCUGCCUCGUCUCGGGGGACAAGGAGGGAACGGGGGAGAUGUUUGGAUAGUGGCGGCAAAGGACAUGACUCUAAAGAAGAUCAAGGAUAAAUACUCACAUAAGCGUUUUCUGGGUGGAACAGGAGACAACAGCAGUGUCCGAGCUCUGAAGGGAGUGAACGGGAAGGACGCAGAGGUCUUUGCUCCUGUCGGUAUCACUGUCACUACUGAUGAUGGCAGGAUCCUUGGCGAGCUAAAUAAGGAGGGGGAUCGUAUUUUGGUGGCAAAAGGAGGAUCUGGAGGCUCUUCAUACACUGGGUUCAAGCCCAGUAAAGGCAAGGUCAAACACAUCAGGCUGGAUCUCAAGCUUAUUGCAGACCUUGGCCUUGUUGGGUUCCCAAACGCAGGGAAGUCGUCUCUCCUGACAGCCUUGUCCAACGCCACACCUCAGAUUGCCAGCUAUGCUUUUACAACGGUGAGGCCUGAGAUUGGCAAAGUGAUGUACCCAGAUUAUAAGCAGAUCUCUGUUGCUGAUCUCCCAGGGUUGAUUGAGGGGGCUUACAUGAAUAGAGGCAUGGGCCACAAGUUUCUGAAGCACGUGGAGAGGACCAAGCAGCUCUUAUUUGUGGUGGAUAUUUGCGGUUUCCAGCUGGCAAGUAAAACAGCGUUCAGGUCGGCUUUUGAAACCGUGCAACUCCUUACCAAGGAGUUGGAAUUGUAUAAAGAGGAGUUGCUGUCAAAGCCUGCAUUACUGGUGGUGAAUAAGAUGGACCUGCCUCACGCUGAAGACAAACUAGCAGAACUGAAGGAGCAGUUGAAAAACCCAGAAGAGUUUUCUGAUUUGCUGCCAGAUGACAUGAUCCCAAAGAACUAUUUGAUCUUCAAACAUGUGGUUCCUGUUUCUACUGUCACCGGAUUCGGUAUCGACCAUCUGAAGAGCUGCAUACGACAUUCUGUCGAUGAUGUCUCCGCCAUGGAAACAAAUGCCAUCCAUCAAGAAAGAUUGCAGGCACUGAGAUCUGACUUGCAUCAGCAUUUGUGAGAAAUAUGGACAAUACCUAUGCUCAAAGGAGGACCUGCAGGGCAAAGUGACUGGUGGUUUGACUGCUUAAAGGUGUAAAGUAUCAGCUUCAGUGCUGGCCUUUCCGGGGAGGAUGACUGAUUUUUCUCGCAGCAGUUACUGAGUUUAAAUUUGUUGAAUGUUUGACUGUUUGUCAAGUUCUCAGUCACCAAUGUAAGUUGACUUUUUGUCAUUAAAAUUUUAGAAGUCUUA